ACAGCGAUUUCAUUCGUUAUAGUUGACGAUAUGAAAAAUCGAGCGACGAAGAAGAAGGGCCGUGGAUUCGGUGCUGAAACGCAUGCUGGCAUUACGGAAUAUGAUGCUUUAGAAGGAACAGGAAGUGCUGAUGGACCUCAAAGAUCUGUGGAAGGAUGGAUUAUUUUCGUCACUAAUAUAAAUGAAGAGGCACAUGAAGAUGAUAUUCACGAUCGUUUUGCCGAUUUUGGUGAAAUCAAAAAUCUUAACUUAAAUAUUGACCGACGUACUGGAUUCUUGAAGGGCUACGCUUUAAUUGAAUAUGAUUCGCAGAAAGAAGCUGCAGCUGCAAUAGAAGGAAUGAAUGGUACCGAUUUUCUUGGUCAAACAGUUAAUGUGAAUUGGUGUUUCGUACGAGGUGCGCAGCAUUCAAGGAAGAAACGGCGAUAA